AUGCCUGACGCUGCCGCAAAUGAACCGUGAGUUGAUUUGGUUUUUUUUUUAAAAUUUAGUUUAAUGAUGUCACUUUUGAUUGAAGCGCUAUGGGCACUGUUUAUUUGAAUUUGUGUAGGAUUUCAGAGGUUUUUUGAAAGUUUCAAUUUAAAAUCGGUUUAGUUUUACAUUUUGAACUGUUGUUAGGUAUUAAUUUUCAAGCUUGGGUCAUAUUUUAUGCAAUUCUUUUUUAAUGUUCUUUUAAAAAUAUUAAAUUUUGAUGUCCGUUGUAUAAAUUUAUAUAAUUUGCGUUCAUUUUCAGAUUAGCCAAGUCGAGAGAUUUAUACGAAGUCUUAGGUAUUCAGAAGGAUGCCACAGAUGACGAUAUUAAAAAGGCUUAUAGAAAAUUGGCGCUAAGGUAUCAUCCAGAUAAGAACUUAGAUGGAGAUCCAGAAAAAACAGAGAAAGUAAGUCUUUAUGUUUGAAAAGGGCAAUAUAUCUUACUUAUAAUUUAAGAAAAGAAAGGGAAUUUUAUUUUUUCAAAACGAUUUUAAUAUUUUGUUGGAAGUAAUUAGGUUUUACGUUUAUUUUAUACUAUGUAAGAUGUAAAAAAUAAUGUAAAAGUGUUGUAACUUUCCAAACACUUUGAAUUAAGUAAGUUUUUGUUACUCAGAGUAUUAUGAUUUUAGUUUAAAGAAAUAAACCAUGCAAACGCUAUAUUGUCGAACCCGUCGAAGCGAAAAGUAUACGAUCAGUAUGGAGAUAUGGGCCUCAAAUUACUGGAACAAGUUGGUGAAGAUACGAUGAGAUAUGCGUUGAAUCCGUGGAUGAAAUGGCUUGUUCUCGGGAUAGCGAUAUUAACUUGCGGCUGCGGAUGUUGUUGUUGCUUCUGUUGUUGUUUCUGGUAUGUAUUGAGAUAGUAAAGAUGUUUUUACUAUUAUUUUCUUAGUUCAACUAUUUGUAAAUGAAUACCUAAUCAUCUUAUUUUCAGUAAUUUCUGUUGUGGAAAAUUCCGUCCUCAAACUCCAGAAGACGUAAGUUAACAGUUCGCGUUUGUUAUUAUGAAUUUAGUACGAGUAUGGUCCAGGAAUGGGGACUCCGAAUACCUCAGAACCCAUCGUAACACAACCUCAACGGUCAGGUGAUCCAAUAGUUUUGGAAAUGCCGCCUGCUCAACCAGCACCACCGCCCGAAAAAGAGAAUGAAACGCCCGAGAAGACGAGUUAUGGUGCUACGGACACAACGGAGACCAACUCGUGA